CCUGCCGGCUCUCCGCCCCCUUCCCGCCCGGAAACUGCGCGAUGCUCCCUGGAGCCGGGUCCCUGAUUCAGAGGUUAGGAAUUUGCAUCUGAUUGCUAUUUGUCACCGUCUGAUUUGCCUCUCCGGCCCGGGGGCGGCGGCGGCGGCGGAGGCGGGACAAGCCAGCCAAGCCAAGCCAAGCCCAGGCAGGCCGGGGAGGGCGCCUGGACGAGCCGCGCGAUCCUGAGGACGAGGGAGGCUUUGCCAGGCGGGCAGGAUCCGGCCUCUGCAGCGGGAGUGGGCGGGGAUCGGCUGCUCAGAUCGGCGGGGACGGAGGAUCACCCCCCCCCCCCCGAAGACCAGCCCUGUCAGUUUGGACAGGGCUUUUGCUGACGCCUAGAUGAAGACUUGGAAGUUGGGUGCCCGCAAACGGGAGAAAUGUGAAUGCAUGAGGGCCUGAUCGGGCUGCAGCUUCAGUUCAGUGCUGUGGAAAGCAGCGCUCUACCCUUGAGCACUGAGGGAUCUCAGCCUGGCUGCUUCUGGGAGCGAUGCCGUCAGCAGAGCCUUAAUUUUGAAGAAAUUUGACUUCAUUUGCCAUCGAAUGGCCUCCUGCCCUAGCUGAUGCGGCUGUUCCGCCUAAGGGUUAUCCUGUAAGACGUUGCUGUUCUCACUGUCCUCCCCGGCCCUGGGACAGCUGGGCCAAGGGGGGCCCCCACCAGCCUCCCCGACGGCGUUGCACCCCACUGAACACUGUCCCCCGGGGCCUCCCUCUCAAGAGACACACCCCCUAGGGCUCCCUCCCCCUUCGGAGCAUUGCUCCGCCCCUAUUGCGCCCCCUGUGCCCUCUGCCAAGGCACCACCCCCUGCUGGCAGAGCCAUGAAGCUGCAGGCAGUGAUGGAAAACCUGCAGCGCCAGCAGCGGGCACGGUUGCAGCAGGAGAUGGAAGCUCGGCAGCAGCAGCAGCAGCAGCAGCAGGACCAGACGAGGACUGCUUUUCCGGCACCGGGCCAGGGCUCCGCUCAGCCGGCCCCAGGGAGUUUGUCCUUGGCCCCCCGUGGCCCCAGUCAGGAGCCUCCACCUUUGGAGGAGGCGGGGGAGCUGGAGAGUGUUCGGAUUCAGAGGGGGUUUCAGAUGCAGCGGCGGCUCAUGGCGGCUGAUCGCAGGCCCGGCUGCUGCUUCUUCUCCAGCUGGGGUCAGUCUUCCAGUCCAGUGGCCUCAGAGGACAGCCACUCCUCGGAAGAGGAGGAAGAGGAGGAGUGUGGAGACGGAGACGAAGGUGGAGAGUACCCACGGGAAAUGGGCUCUGAGGAAGAGGAGGAGGUGAAAGGCAAGUGGGUCGAGGACGAUUUUGAGGAGGACCUAGGAGAGGAGGAGGAGGAGGAGGAAGAUUUCGAAGAGGACGAAGAUAUGGCGGAGGAAGGCCUCUGCUCCGGAGAAGCGGCCCGCUCCAGCACAGGCGCCAUGCUUCUCCGAAAACAGCCGCCGCCGCAACAAUACCGGGGGGAGGCUUCAAGGCUUGCAGGGACUCAGGAGCGGCCAGCUUCUGGGGCUGCCCACCCCGGCCAUCCGCAGCUGCAGCCCCAAGCCCCGGAUCACGGAGACUGGACUUAUGAGGAGCAGUUUAAGCAACUCUACGAACUUGAUGGGGACCCCAAGAGGAAAGAGUUCCUGGACGACCUCUUCAGCUUCAUGCAGAAGCGAGGUACCCCCGUGAACCGCAUCCCGAUCAUGGCCAAGCAAGUGCUCGACCUGUUCAUGCUCUACGUCCUGGUGACUGAGAAGGGGGGCCUGGUGGAAGUCAUCAACAAGAAGCUCUGGCGGGAGAUCACCAAGGGCCUGAGCCUGCCCACCUCCAUCACCAGCGCCGCCUUCACUCUCCGCACCCAGUAUAUGAAGUACUUGUACCCCUAUGAGUGUGAGAAGAGGGCCUUAAGCAACCCCAACGAACUGCAGGCCGCCAUCGACAGCAAUCGGCGGGAGGGACGGCGCCAGGGCUUCUGUGGCUCUAUCUUCACCUACUCUCCCAGCGGCACCCCUGGCAUGCUCUCCUCCCCCAAGCUCCCAGUCCCUGCCCUGGGAAUGGCCUCGGCCACCAACGGCAGCCCCGUCGCCCCCGUUACAAAAAUCAAGAAAGAGGAAGAUUCUUCCAUCCCAAUCACUGUGCCCGGCCGUCUGCCCGUCUCCCUCACAGGCCACCCUGUUGUGGCAGCUCAAGCCGCAGCAGUCCAAGCCGUAGCAACCCAGGCUGCAGUGGCCGCUCAGGCCGCUGCGCUGGAGCAGCUGCGGGAGAAGCUGGAGGCGGGGGAGCCCCCAGAAAAGAAGCUGGUGCUCGCAUCGGACGAGCAGCAGCGGAUGAUGCAGCGAGCGAUCCAGCAGAACCUCCUGGCGAUGACAGCCCAGUUGCCCAUGAGCAUCCGGAUCAACAGCCGAGGGACUCGCUCGCCAGAAAACCGCCAAGAUUCUGCUGUGAACCUGGCCCCCAACGGCACCAACAGCAUCAGCAUGUCCGUCGAGAUCAAUGGCAUCGUUUAUACAGGUGUGUUGUUUGCUCAGACGCCGAGCGCAGCAUCCUCUUCUGUCAGCAAAGGGAGCACCAACAGCGGGCAGAGUGCCAGUGGUGGAAGCGGAAGCGGUGGGAGCUCUGCUGGCAGCGGAGGAACGGCCCCCCCUCAGGCCAGCUUGACCGCUCCCCCAUCAUCUACCUCAACCAACUCUUCUUCUUCGCCUUAAAGCCCUGCAACUUUCAUUUCUCCAUCCCACCAAAACAUGGGCCCUGGUCAGAUGAUGUACCGCUUCUUACCUGCAGGCUACAUUUCAGGGGUUGGGGGAAAGUGGAAACCAAUUCCCUCUGCUUCCUCCUCUUGGCAUGUCCACAAGACAGAGGCAUAUUUGAAUAAGUGUCUGCAGGCCCAGACUGCGGGUUGUGCAGUUUACGUCACACAGUAUGGGCUUUCUGCACACUGAAUGUUGCAUUCUGGUCAAAUGUGCCUUCAUGAAGUGGACAUCCAGCGAUGUCAGGCAGCAAGGGAGGCUACAGUCCUGCACCCCAGUGGGGCUAUCAGUAGUGUGUAAGGGGUGCCGUCAUCUGCACAGGGCCAAAGGAAGAUCAGACUUCCUUCCUCCACAGCUGACACCAAAUACAAACCAAACUCGAUGUUUGCUUUUUGCCGGGGGGGGGGGUGGUGGUGGUGGUGGUGGUGGUGGUUAGGUUCCAAACUGGGGCUCAUGUUUCCCUCCCUUCCUACACGGAAUAUUUUUGUGAUAGAUGAAUAUAUUGAAAGAUAUGGGUGGAACGAGUUUUUACCAGGGGCGGCGGGAGGGGCAGGGGAACAACAGGGGACAGUGAGCGUGUCAUUGAAAUUCUGAGCCAGAUAGUCCCUGUGCGGUUUGAUGUGAUGCGUUGUCAAUCCACAACUCUCUUACCUCAUGCAAACCCAAGCUUUGCACAGUCUCUCUUAUUUUAAAAUAUAUUUUAAAAUAUACUAUUAUAUAUUUUUGAAUAUCUUCAGAUGGACACAAUCACUCUGCAGACUUGCGUCAUUGUUGUUUUUAAAGAAAAUGAAAUCUCCAAACUCCUUUACCAAUAGAUCAUAUAAUGUGUGUGUGUGUGUGUGUGUGUGUGUGUGUGUGUGUGUGUGUAUUAUGACACCAACAGAAAAGAAUUGGUGAGAGACAGGAAAGCAUUAUUCAUACUGAAUUCCCCCUUGCCCCCCUUAAAAAACCCUCCCUUCGAAGUAUCUAUAGAGCUUUAAAGAAUUUAUAUCUUUUUUAUUUUUUGUAAAGUUUAGUUUUGAAAGGCAAUGCAAAAAAAGAAGGAAAAAAUCAGACUCCAAAACCAACAUAUCUCUGUUUUUAGUAUUCAUUCAGGGAAGGCACUUUGAAAAGACUUUUGGUUUGCCUGGGCGGGUGUGUGUGUUUUCCCCCCCCUAUCUUCUGAUGAUGUGAUAGGACAAUAUGCUCCAUUAGCAAAUGAACUCAAGUGGUCCUAUAUGCAGUGGGCGGGGCCUGAUCAGCUGCCGAGUGGGGUCUUGCACAGCUGACUCCACAUUUGGUAGGAUGGUAUUUUUGCCCAGAGCCUCCUCGUUUUAGAAGGGGAGGAGGAUUGUAAGGGGCAGCUUGCUAGGCCUCAGAUCUCUGCUCUGCUUUUGACAUGAUCUUUGAACAAGAAGAGGAAGAAAAUAGGGGGGAUGUCUUGGGCUACUCCCUUUUGAGAGGAAUCCCCCAAGACUGCCCAGAAGGAUUUAAAGGUCAGCUGCUCACUAGAACGCGUCUUCUGUGGUGUCUCUGCCCCCUCCCUGCAGCCUUUCAAAGCCUAACUAUGAGGGGGCAAGAGUUGCUUGGUCUUUUCUGGAGGUGUGUUGGUCGCAGCGAAAGGGCUUAACUUUAUAGGCCACUUCAGUCCUCUUGACUUUCUCAGGAACAGCCUUGUAUUUGCCCUGGGGUGGCCUCGGCUGCCUUCUCCUCCUAGCUUUUGCAUCUCCUAGGUGACAAAGCCAUCAAUUCCCCGCCCCCAUCCACCCCCCUUUGGCAGUAUGUGGGACGCUCAGAAGAAGUCGUCAACUGUUAGAUAUUUUAAACCAACACAUGGAUGGACUCUAAGUAGGGUCUGAAGGAAGAGGAGCUUUUUAGCUGUUUUUUCCUCCUUAGGAAAACCAACUGGAAAAAAAUUGACAGUUGUAGCAUUUAAAUGAGCCGUGUUAGGAGCAAAUGAAAACCCAACCAGAUGAUACAAAACACAAUCACGUGUGUGUUAUUAUUUUUGCUUCUUUGGCUCAUAUUGUUUUUCCUUUUACUUGGUCCUUUCAGUUUUUCUGAGCAGGGGGGCUCACGAGCAUUGCCCCAAGGGGACAGCUACUCUGGAGCAUGUGCUUGCUUGUACACACGCCCUUCCACAGCAUGGUUUACCUCAGUAUGAUUAAAUGGCGGCGGACUCUGGUUUAACGAGAAGAGCCGCUGUGAGAGAGAACUGGGAUUGUUUUUGGAGAGAGUCACUAUUUUGGGACUCAUUCCCAAUCUUCUAAAAGCAGUCACUGUCUUUAGUUUGGAAAAGACUCUUGAGAUGAUGACCUUGGGAUCAAAGAUUUUUCUUCUGGACUUCUUCUCACUCAAGUGGCCUUUGGGACUUGUGUGGGUGCCGUUGCUGUCUCUUAGCAAUGCUGUGUGGAGAUCCACGUCUGUUUGCUCUCACCUUGCUGGUUUUCGGCAAGCAGGCAAGGUUUUGAAGCCUGUCUUGGCUGCUGAGGCUUCUCAGAUGUGGACUUGGCCAACGUGGACCCCUCUGGCAGCUGUGCAAGUUUUGUACAGCAACAAAAACAGACUGUUUUCAUUCAAAACAGAGUGUGGGGAUAAAUUGGAAGCUGAUGGCUUGGCAUUUGCAAGCGAGGUCAUGUUCAUCUUUAGGGCACACCUGUGAAGCCAGACUUAAGGUUCAACUUUGCUUCUUUUCAGUUGUGAGAAUCCUGAAAUUGCCUUCGGCAGUCAAUCCUGGUCCAUUUCUGAGUGAGGCAGACUCAUCCUUUCUUGAGAACUGGCAGGCACCCGAGGGAGUUCAGCUGUCACCAGGAGGCUCAGACGAUUACUUUGGCUGAGUUAAACUGUAGGUGGUAGGCCUAAUUGGUGGGUAUUUUCCAUCUCCAGUGACCACUCUGAGAAAGAGGCAGAGACACUGAGGGAAGAUCAGCUUGUGACAAAGGCUGGUGUGGGGGGGGAGGGGGAGAGAAUUACAACAGAAAGCAGCUUAGCCCUGAAGGAGAUAGGAAAAAGUGCUUUGGGGAGGGGGGGGGGAGGCUGAACCUGGUGGGUCUAAUCCUCUUUAGAUGUGAAAACCUGAUUGUCUCUUGCUUCCAAGAACUCAGGCUACGUCUCCAUGUUAAACUAGCAGUGUGGGAGAAAAAGAAAAAGGCAGAGUGAAGAAAGGAGACCCUCUUUGGGGUGAAGGCAGAAAGACAUCCUGUUCUCUGUGUUUCAAAGUCCACCCAUUGCUCGUAGGAGGGGCAAAGAAGUCUUUGCCAGGGUAUCUUGGAGUUUGCCUGUGGCGGGUCACAAGCAAAGGUGCCCUUCAUCAUUUCACUCUGAAGUUAUCUGGUGCCAAAAAGAAAAUCUCCUACAAGGUGCCCCUGUUUGAGCAUCACCUCACAGGAAGCCCUGAGAGAUUCUCCGGAGAUCUUGGCUGUUGGGCUUUCCAUCACUCGUCUGGUCCUUGCCGGUCUAUGAUGACAGUUGCGUUGAGGGUUUUUACAAUCUUUGGCCUGGUUCAGCUAUCCUCAGAUCUCUUGAGAGGGCUUCAUGCUGAUCUAUCCCUACAGUCUCAACCAACAUGAUUCGUUUCAUCUAAAUCUCCACAUAUUUUCUUCCCCUUUACGGGGAAGACUGAUAAGAGAGAAGUUGUCUCAAGACGAUUGUGCCAUCCUAUCCCAGCCAUGUUUCUUGGAAACGCAUCCUUCUUAUUCUGUCCUGCUCCAAGGGAACUUUUUUGGGGGGUAGAAUGGUAGUUAAUUUAUCCCGAAAUUGUAUUCUUCCAAUUGUAUUCUUCCAAAUUUGUAUUCUUCAAAAUUUAUCUGUAAUUCAGCUUGGCUGUUAGGGGGUUGUGGUUGGCCUUUUGACAGGUGUGUUUACAGAAUACCUGACCACCAAGCAAGCAGUGUGGCAGUUCCUGGGAUGAUGGUGUCAGCCCUGCCCCCCUACGCCUGCUGUUCUGGGGAGUUGAUCAUUGACCAAACCCCUCAUUUUGAACUCUACAGUGUGAUUCCUCCUUCCCAGGAUUCAACGGGGCCAGAAUGGAGGUCAUUUCAUGCUGUUCGUGUCUGAGGUGCCUUCUGUAGUUUUGUGGUGGUAAACAUGAAUUCUUAUCACAAAUGAGAUUUCACCUGCUGUAAAAUCCAAGGGUAUCAAUUUUCUCCACCAUGACGGCCAAAAAUGUUCUGUUCUCCCCUUUCUCCAGGAAAGGCCUGGAGAGAUCCAUGAUAUGUCAAAGGCUGGAUUCCAAGUUUUAAUAAGUGGGUUUUACAAUUUUAAGAAUAUUUCCAGUAUCUGCCUUAUGAAUUGAGACUUUACUUCUUCCAACAAACCAGUCCAGGAAUCCUGUUUUUUUUGGUGUGUGUGCGUGUGCUUGCGUGUUUAAAUCUUUUGUUUAUUCUCCCAUGAUCCAAAUAGAUUUUCCCACGUCUAACCGUAUAGAUCACACGUGAAGAGUGUUUGACUGCGUGGCUUUGUUCAGCGCAUUAACUAGGAAAAGGGUUAAAGAACCCCAUGUUGGUUCAGCCAUGGGUGUGAUCUAUUGACAGUUCUACCCACCCACCCACCCCUGAUCCUGCCUCUUUCAUAUUUUUCUGGUCUUCUAGAGAGGAACUCUCUGUUCCAGCUCCACCCCAGCUUUGACCGGGGAGGGAGGGAAUAUAUUUUUGGGUCUCCUGGUAAUACUGCCCCGCCCCGCCCCUGUGCCACCACAACGGAAAUCUUUCUCAACUGGUUUGAUGUGUCUGGUGUUUCUUCCCUCUCCUCUAAUAACUAAGACCCAGCCCCCUGUGUCUUGCACCUCUUGGCUUUGUUGGGAUGCCUCUUCCCCCAUGCCCCUAAAUAUGUUUCUCUGUGCCCAGAAUCCUCUUUUUAACUUCCAGACACAACUGGGUUCUUGUCCUGUUCCGUUUGGGAGACAUGUUUUAAGACCAGAGGUGUCUCUCUAGCGCAGGCUGGCCAACAUCCAACCUAGCUUCUACCUCCAGCCGCAUCCCUGGUCUUUUCCUGCCCUUCACGCCAGCCCUGGAGGGCUUCUCUCUGCCGCAUGCCAUCUGCAGUCUUGGGAGGAAUGCUAGGGAUGGCAUGGGCAUCCCUCUCCCCCUCAUACACACAAGAGGACUUUCAUUGGGACAAAUGUCUUUAACGUCCGUCUCUGUCUUUCGGGCAGGGUGUUGUUGAUCCACGCAUGUUCUGUGGCCUCUCAGAUUCCUCACUUAGGUUCUUAGCAUUAUCAAAAAAUUAGCCUCUCUGAAGAGUCCUGUUUGUUCUGACCCAAGUCAGUACUGAUGUUGAACGCCAACCCUUGGCCACUGGCAGGCCCAUUUCCUCUUGAGUACUUGCUGGCAUGUCUUCAUUCCAGAAGUGAGAGUGGCAGGGGUGGGCACCGUGGUCCUGAUUCUGCAGCCAUUUUGGAGCUGGCCUUCUGCAGUCCCAGCCUCUUUCUCAUGUGGCUCACUUCUUUUCCCUUCUCCGAUAUUUUUUUCGUGUGUGGGUGGAAAAGAGAGAUUCUAUAUCAAUAUAUAUAUAUAUAGUAUAUAUAAAAAGAGCGUGUCUGUGUCUUCUUUUUUUGAGCGUGUAAAGUGUGUGUCUAUAAGAGAUAUGGUAUAAAAGCUGGGUUUUGUUUUCCUUCUCAGUCCAAGCUUGAAUAAGAAUUGAAUUUUCACUCAGGGGAAUUGGGCCUGCUGUUUGGAUCUUGAUUGUACUUUGGAAGGGAGGG